AUGUUCACCGGUAUUGUAGAACACGUUGGCACAAUUAUUGAUCUUGUUGAAUUAGAUAAUACCGCUUCGGGCGGAGGAGGCUGGAGUAUAACUAUAGGUGAAGCAGAACCUGUGUUAACGGAUUGCCAUAUAGGUGAUAGUAUAGCUGUAAAUGGGACAUGUCUGACUAUAACGGAAUUUGAGAAAUCAUCAUUCAAAGUUGGCCUUUCUCCUGAAACUUUACGACGAACUAAUCUUGGUGAUUUGAAAAUUGGAAACAAAGUAAAUUUAGAACGUGCAGUUUCGGCUGCCACAAGAUUCGGUGGACAUUUCGUACAAGGUCAUGUAGAUUUAACAGCAAUAAUUGCGUCUAUAACCCCAGAAACUAAUUCACUCUGGUUCAAAUUCACAUUAUCCGAUCCUUCUUAUCUCCGCUACAUUAUCCCGAAAGGUUACAUUACAAUAGACGGGACUUCGUUGACAGUAUGCGAAGUAAAUGAUAAAGAAAAAUGGUUUACAGUCAUGCUAGUUGCAUUCACACAAGAGCAUGUUACAAUCCCGACAAAGAAAGUUGGUGAUAAAGUAAAUAUUGAGGUAGAUAUGCUAGGUAAAUACGUGGAACGGAUCCUCGAACCUCUAAUAAAGGGUGAUGGUGAAGGAGGCGGAUAUUUGGAUAAUUAUGUAAAAAACUAUUUAAGUAAAUGA